UUAUAAUUUUCCUGCGAUCUGAAAAAUUAGGGUCUGGAUAUAUGGGGGAUUCGUCGCCAGAAGAAUAUGAUCCUGAUUAUGCCCGAUUCGCAGCGGAGAUCCGAGCGCUAUUGAAGGAGAACGGAGAAGAUAAAAAACCGUUCUCCUCCUCCUAUGAUCCGGCUGAUGGAGGGUGGUCCACAUACGUUACAGAUGCCAACGCUUUCUUUGCUGGUAGAAGGAUAAAACCUCAAGCAUGGCGUGUUCAUUAUGACAGAGGCCUCUGCGCUAGACUUGCACUUUACUGUUACAAUCUUCAGAAUGGCACAGCUUACGAUUUUCAGGUUAUCAUUCAGAUACAUGAGCAGAAUCGCCUUUCCUUCACCAAGUCUUUCAUAACAUUUGACGCCGUUAAUCCAUCCGACCCUACUUCUCCCCUCACUUUCGAGACUUGCGUUAAGCAUGUCGAUGAUCAAGUCACAUUCGUCCCCAAAUUGUGGUGGGAGACGCACAUUUGCAGGGUGGAAGGUAGCGACGAGGCUGAUUAUGAGUGGGACGAGGGAGCAGUUAAUGAUUAUUACAAAGAUGAAAUGCCUGAAUGGCUCUCUGAUGACCGUCAGCAACGAUGCUAUGUGGUUGAACAAUCAGAGCUUCAUGACAAGAAAAACGGGUGGCUGCCUCUCUUAACUGAGUUUGCCUUCUUCACGAAAUGGAAUGGACCUCUCAGUCCGGGAGAGAUUGAGGAUUGCCGACCUUUGAUUACUCAACAUGUGGUUGUGGAAACUCAUGGAGAAGGUGAGAAAGAGCCGCGUGAUAAGCUCAUUGCGGCCAAUGCAAUCUUCUACAUAACUUUUGAUUGCGUGGAGGAUCCAACGAAAGGUCGUUACAGGGCGGUUGUACGGAAGACGAUGGAUGGUAAACCUGGGCACAUGCGCCUCGAGGUUACGUGUUCGAGAGUCUAAGGAAUCGGAGAUCAAAUUUCAGUAUCUUGUUUAAAUUCACAAGACUUCUUAACUUGGAAAAAUCUCGAGAAUGUAUUAAUAAGUAGUAUCAAUGUAUGAUCGAACUGAUAGAUCAGAAUUAUGUUAUGAAACUUAAAGUUAUUCCCAUUUUAUUGUCAGCAUAUUUUCUUUGU